GUUAUUUCACGCAUAUUAUAGUAACGCCGUAAAUAAAUUACCAUGUUACUAUCCAUGUUACCCUUUACCUAUAGGAUGUUCAGUUAAUACUACACCCUUCGCCAGAUAGAGCUAGCGCGAAGCGUCUGAAAACUUGUAGUGAUGUAAACGUUAAAAAGAUAUACAAAUAUAUUUUAACUAAUUUUUUCGAUUUAUUAAAAUGAUUCUCUACGAUGUAACGAUCUGUUUUAAAGACUCUAUUCAUAUAAGAUUACGAAAUUGUUUAAUUUAGCUAGAAUUCUAUUAUAAACGUACCCGGUCAGAGUAUAACCUCUCUUGUUUUCAGUGUGAAUAUUUUAAAAUAAAAUUUUUACAAAAUGUUGGCAUAUAAUAAUUUAGAAAAUGCUGUUCUAAGUUUAAAUAAAAGUGUUUCAAACUUUCCUAUCGGUGCGGUGUCGUUAGAUGAUUUUAAACCUAUCGAGGAAAAAAUUAGCGACACACGAAAGUUGCUGAAACGAUUAACUGCCAGAUUAUUAUGGCUUAAAGCAAAAACUAGAUACGUAAUGGAAAAUGAAGAACCUGAAGAUGAGAUAGAACGUACGAUAGAAGACUUACAGACGGAAACAGUCCGAUUACUUCAAAAUGACAGGGCAUUUAAAUUGAUGUCCCACUCCUAUACUAUUCAAGAAAUUUUAGCAGGAAGACAGGGAGAUGCUAAUAUGCAAGAAAAGAUUUAUGCUUAUAUGCGUAAGUUAUUUACUCUUAAUGAUACUAUUUUGUCAUUACAAAAGGACAUAGAAAAUGCUGUGAAGAAGCAGGUGAAGUUAAAAAUCCAAUGCCAAAAUGCAUUAUUUGAUUACAAAAAGUUUUUAAAGGAGCAGGAAGAAAUAUGCAGCAAAAAAUUACAAGAAACAAAUCCUGAGAUAGCAUUAAAUAAAGAGAAAACAAAUAAAUCUCUAAGAAAUAUAAAUAUUAUGAAGAAGCUAAUUGUAAAUCUUAUUUCUGCUUCCCAUUUUAUGUUAAUGGAAAAUCCACAUUUAAUAGAAAUGUUAGAAAAACAUAGAGAAACAAUUAAUAUUGAGACCAUUUUGAAAAUGUCUCAAGGGGAUACAGAUCAAGAAAGAGCAGAAGCACAGGCUUAAAAUCAUUAUUAAACUAUUAAUGAAUUAUUAAUUAUUUAUAUAUAAUUAUUCCCUAUAGAAAAUAUAUGCGAAAUAAUCUCUUGAAAUGAAAUAUGUAAUUUAUAAAUUUAAUAUUUUGUAUUCGACCAAUGUACUAUGUUAAUAUUAUGUAACUCAAAGUUUUUAAUACAAUUGUUUUUUGCAAUAAGUAUAAAAGAGGGAAGAACAAGUCUGAAUUGUAUAACGAAAUAUAUAGUUGAAAUACAUAAAUGAAAAAAGAAAACAUCCAAGAUAUUCAAUAAGAACUCUUCUUUUUUUUCUCCUUUUUCUAAGUGUGCAGACACAACACAUAUUUACAAGGAAAAAUUUCGCGCAAUCUCAAUGUCUUUUUCAAUUCUAUUAAAGCGACUUUAUCAGACGGUUUUAUAUGUAUAUUACUUGAUAAAUAACAGUUUAUAAGCCAAUGAUUAUGAGUUGAAAGAUAGGAUUUCGAUCACAGCUUACAAGUACGAUAAAAAUGUAUUAAUGUAGGGGAGAGAGGUGCACAUUCGUUCAACAAGACUAACGAAUACUUAUUUCCGUAUCAUAAAUUAUAUCGUUUAUACAUAUUACGCGAAUGUAACACUUGAAAUUUUUAAUGGUCCAGUACGUCUUUCAGUCUCGUAUUUUUCACUAUUAAGAUGUAAACCACUCUCCGCCUUCUUAUUUUUACGCCUACUGACGUAUAAAUACAGAAUCCAUCGAAAUAGUAUUCAAACAAUUUAAUUUUUAUGUACAUUAAUUUCUUUUUUUUUUUGUUUGUCUUUAAUAGGUUGUUGGUUUUAUAAGUGGAAAGAAAACGAAUCCACUAAUAUUAUAACAAAAGCACGUUAAAAGUGAACAAUUUCAUUUCAUUAAUGUUGAAUAUCCUCGCAAAAACUUCGGACAUCGCUUUUCUUUUCUCGUGUAUGGAAGUAGUAUGUAUGCAUGUAUGUAUGUAUGUAUAUGUGUAUGUGUGUGUUUACAGACAUGUACGAAAUGGACAAAACACUUCGAAGCAUAUUUGAUAUCUUUAAAUUGUCUCUAUAAAUUAGCAAAUGGAAUAAUUAUGAUUUCAUGCUUCUUCGUCCGAUUUCGUCGCAAAGAACACAUCCACGUUUCACUGACAUUAUUAAGAUUACGUGGUAAUAAAAUUAGUCGGUCGCUGUCCAUCGCGUGACAGUUAUAAUUACCAUAAUAAUACAGCUUAUUAAUGUCAUUAAUCGCCAUUACUGAUAUAGUUCAUGUAUAUAUAUGUAUAUGUAUAUAAUUAUAUAUUUAUAUAUAAUCAUAUAAUUAUAUAAAUAUAUAUAAUUAUAUAUAAUGUUUAUAUAAUUUGAAGCUGAUACAUCUCCUCUGAUACCCAACAUUUCACAUUUUCAUUAACUUCUCGUGUCCUUCGUUCGCGUACGCCCUAUCCAUUCCAAUAAAUUUCUAUUUACAAAAUUAAAUCGGCGCUCGAUUUGUUUCUGUUUCUCAUAGCACAGCGGUCUCCCCACUAUAUCGAUAAACAUUUCAAAAUUUCUAUAACAGCAUCAAUCACACAUUCAUUAUACAUGGGCACACUAAUCGUGUAACGCGCAUGAGCUGCCAAUUCCGUACAAGUGGCAAAUAAUCAUUGAACACAAGCUACAUAAUCCAUUAGCAACGGAUACACGCUAGAAAAACGAUAAUAGUUAAGACGCUAAAAGGCAAUAUUAUCUAAAUCACGUUUGCGGUGUCGCGAAUAAAAACAUCACUAAUGAAAGCACGACACAUUGGUUACACGGUUCAAUGCAAUUUUUUAAUUAAACGUCGCUAACAUUUCGAAACGAACAUUUAGGAAAACAAAAGUAAAAAUUAUCAUUCGAAGAUAGUUGUCUGUCGCUUUGCAACGAAAGCGAGUUAAAGAUACAAUGGGAUAACUUGAAAAAGAUCCCAAAACAUUAUGCAUAGGACACGACACGGACGACAAAAG